AUGACCACCAACCUCUGGUCGCCUGCCUCCCGAUCACUCUGUCUCAAUUCUCGGCCUCUUUUCCAGACAUGCUACAAAAUCGAUAGCCUUGCCGCAAGGCUCGCUCAGCGCCAUGCUCGAUCUAUUACGCAUUCUUCGGUUUCACAGGGCUUGAAGGGAUCAAGGAGUUGUGGGUUAUCCCAAUGGAGUAGGGAAGCUCAUGGGACGGGGGUAAGCUUUGCGCGCCAGACUGCGACUAGAUCGUUUGCUGCGAAGAGCAUGCCUAUAGUUACGGAAUACCACCAGUUACCCAAGAAUUAUGAUCCAAAAAUAGGUCUUCAAUUUCGAGCUACGCCCUUGACGAAAAAUGAAGUCAUUGAGAUAUUUGGAAAAAGUGUGGAUCCUAUAGCAGCGAAUCGGUUGCUGAAGCUAUUACACGGGCAUCGGGUGGCAGGAACGCUGGAAGAUCCGAGUUCUAUUACUACGGUUCCUGAGAUCAAGAAGCGACAGAGGGAGCUUGGACUAGAAUGGCUGAGGAAGACGGUCCCGGUAAAUGAGGUUGCCAGUGCAGGAUUGAGAGCAGAAGAGGAGCUCGCGGCCAUGGGGGAGAAAGUCAUUGCUACUAUCUCCAAUACUGACAAGUGGGAACCAAACAAAAACACACCGAAAGAUGAACCAUAUGGAAAUGGAGUGUUGAAUCAAAGAAUAAAGAUGAAUAAAGAGGCGGCGGCCAAAGAAGCGGCAGCGAAAGCAGCAGCAAGAGAGCAAGAGGAAAAAGAGAGGGAAGAAGCAAUGUUGAACGAUCCGGAGGCAAUAUCACAAAAUACGAAGACAUCUCUGGAUACCGUGAGGCCGCAAGUAACGAUGGAAACCUACGAGGGCGGUGACAGAUAUAAAAAGUGGUUAGCGCGAGCAAGAUUAACAGACACUGACCAGCCACCUGAGAUGACAAAGUUUCAACGACUAUGGCCUUCUGCUCUCGUCUUGCUGGGAAUACUUGCAGCUAGUUUUACAUUCGUCGCAGUAUACACACCACCCAAAAACUCUGCAAGAUUAUUCCCUGAUAUCCCCCCUUCAGCUGCAACAGUAGGAGGACUGAUAUUUCUCAACGCUGCUGUGUUGUUUGCAUGGCGAAUACCCCCCUUAUGGAGAUUCAUGAAUAAAUACUUCAUAGUCGUCAGCGGGUAUCCAUAUGCACUGAGUAACAUCGGCAGCAUCAUCUCCCACCAAGGAUUCAAGCACUACGCACCCAACAUGGUCUUCCUCUGGUUCAUGGGCACCAUACUCCACGACGAAAUCGGCCGCGCCAAUUUCCUCGCUGUCUUUCUGUGCGCUGGUGUCUUCGCCAGCUUCACCUCCCUAGCCGUCUCCGUCGGCCGCGGGUUAUUAACACAGACGUCCCUGGGUGGUUCCGGGGCCGUGGCGGGCGUCGCGGCUACAUACCUCUUGCUGAACUCUGACAAUAAACUCGAUCUUUGGGGCUUCCCCCCUGAAGACUGGCCGUCCCUCUCGGCGAUGGGGCUCUUGGGGAUCCUGGUGCUGUUGAAUAUUAUUGCGCUGGGAAGGGCGAUUAGAACUGGGACGCCCGAGAAGAUGGAUCAUGUCGCGCAUCUGGCGGGGUAUCUGGCGGGGUUCGGGAGCUCGCGGCUUAUUAGAUUGAGGCUGGAAAGAAGGAAGGCUGUGGAGAAAGAGAGGAGGGAGAAAUUGGGGUUGGUGGAUGAGAUUCAGGAGGGGGUUGUGCAUAAGUAA